UAAUAAGUGAAGCAUCUAAAGCUCUGGUCCCAUGGCUUCAUGUUGAGUCUUCUCUAUACUGUUCAAUGCUGGAUUUUAACAUCUCUUCUAAGUAUCAUAUUAAUGUUCAGAAAAGAAUGCUGAGAAGUUUCAAAAGAUCUUAGUUAAAAGCAAAAAAGACAGCAGAAGCUGAAGGGACAGAGUGUAUUUGACAGUUUGGAGAUGCUAAUUAUGAGAUAGUUGUGGGGACUGGGGAGAACAAUCUGGGGAAGCCUGAUAAGGGAAGUCACUAGGCUUCCAACUUCAGCAAGAGAUUUAAGAGGACUGUAAAUCAGGUGAAGUUGGGUUAUGUAAACUGUAGAUUGCAUUAUCUCAGAAAGAGCUAAUGCCAGAAAGUAGGUAAUUGUUAUAAAUUUCAGCUCUGUUUUCAUUUUUUUGCAACAGAAAAUUUUAAACAUGCAUGGAAUAUCAAAAAAUAGUAUAAUAAAUCCUCACAAUGCCUAUUGAUAGAACAUGAUCAACAUUCUGUCAUUCUUACAAGUUGACUUAUAAAAAUAUUUGAAUACAUUAGGGCUUUCUUUAAAUCAUUUUCCCUCCAGCUUUAUUGAGGUAUAAAUGACAAUUAAAAUGUAAAUAUUGAUGAUACAACCUAAUGACUUGAUACACAUAUAUGCUAGUUGCUAAGUCACGUCCAACUCUUUGCAACCCAUGGACUAUAGAAAAUACUUACCACAGCCAAGGCAAUCAACAUAGCAGUCAAUUCACAUCUUAACCAUUUUCCUUUUUUGUUUUUAAUGUUGAGAACUUCCAAGAUCUCUUCUCGUAGAAAAUUGAAAUUUCACAGUACAUAAUUGUUGACUGGAGCCACAUUUCUGUAUACCAGUUCUCCAGAACUUACUUGUAUUUUGUAAUUGAAGCCAAAAGUCAUUAUUGAAAAGGGAAAUUAUCAAAGAAUAGCAACAUGAUCUUGUGACAAGCUCCACAAAUUUUGAUCUUUCUUCAUUUAGGGUGGAAGGGAAGAAAACUGCUGAGCAGUAAGAUGGCCACACAAAUAGCUACAUACUUAUGGGUGGGAACCCAACGUUUUGUUCAUUCAGUCCUGCAGUCAUUCAUUCAUUCAAAUAACACAGUCUAGGCAGUUUUGCUGCUCACUGUCCAUCCACCAGUGAGACUGUCAUGCUGGACUUGGGCUUGAGUCCAAAUCAGGAGUCAUCAUUUAAUACAUCUUUGAAGACUGUGGAUAAGUGCUGUCCUUGAGCCUCAUCUUUCUCAUCCAUAAAAUAGGGAUAAUACGUUGCUGAAUAGGGUGUUGUUAGAGUUAAAAGUAAGGGGAGUUCCUCAGAAAUAUGCAUGACCUGUGUUCUGUAACAUAUGCCACUGUUACUUGUCUAGGCCCUGAGCUCAUGAUGAAAGAAAUCAUGAGACAGUAUCUCUCCCCUCAGAUUUCCCUUUCCCAGUCUACGAGGGCAGCAACAAGCUCACAGAGGUUCCCUGCACAAUGCAGCAUGUAAGAUGCCAGAAAGCUGCCCCCAUCAACACCAUGCAUUCAUCUUCCAAAAUCAUCUGAGUUCCUCUAAUUUUCUGUUACUUUUCAUUAGGUCUUGCAGCUCUACAAACAUAAUCUGUGCUAAACCCUGUUGUCCGAGGUCAAAAAAACUGUUGGAGUUUGGAGCAAAGAAAGGUUUAUUGAAAGAGUCAAGCAAGGAGUUCAUGCUCAAAAAAAUCCAAACUCCCUGAUGGAUUUCAGGGGAGAGUUUUUACAGGGAAGGUGAGGGAGAAAGUGCAGUGUAGGUGAUCACCUCCAUCAUUAUUCUCUGAUUGGUUGAUGAUGAGGUAACAGGGUCGUGUCACGGGGUUUAACAUCUUCAGUCCUCAGGCUCCAGCUGGUGUGGGGGCUCCCUGCUCGUGGUCAUCAUGCAGUUAACUUCUUCCAUCUGGUGAGGGUUUUAGUAUCUGUAGAACAACUCAGGAAUGUGCAUCAGACACUGUCAUCUAUAUGAUCUAAAUCCUUCAGGGAAGGACUAAAGAUUUUGUGAUUGCUAUAUGGCUGAGCUAUUGUUUAAUAUUUUGUUGUUGUUACUACACAUUCACAUUCUUUCAAUCGUUAAUUCUUGAGCCAGCCUUCUGUGGCUCAGAGGAGGCCUGGGAGAUUAAAGCUUUUCUCCAGGCAAGAGGGGCUUCCCAGGUGGUUCAGUGGUAAAGAAUCCACCUGCCAAUGCAAAGAGAAGCAGGAUGCAGGCUAGAUCCAUGGUUCAGGAAGAUCCCCUGGAGGAGGAAAUGGCAACCCACUGCAGUAUUCUCGCCUAGAUAAUCCCAUGGACAGAGGAGUCUGGUGGGCUACAGUCCAUGGGGUCGCAAACAGUUGGACAGGACUGAGUGAGCACUGCAUGCACAAACAAGAGGCAGGUAGAGGGCAUGGGGUGGGGUCUAGCCUAGGAAGAUCCCACAAGGUCCUUGCUCCAUUACAGCUGGACACCCUCCUGUAGCACCCUUAUUUGGUCUUGAUGAGGGCAGAGUGCCCAGAGCAAGGGCUGCUAUCUCCUUGUGCCAGCUUUCUCUGGGUCUUCAUCACAGCUGAAGGAGCAUUUCUGAUGCAGCCCGCCCCUCCUUCUCCGUCUUCUGGGUCGGGGCCCGGGCUCAGAGCGCGCCCUUUGGUAGAAUUUGCAGCCGGGUGCCCAAACGUAGGCCCCUCUGUCCGGUGCCUUGGGUGCCGCAGUUUCCUUAACUGGCUCCAUCAAAUGCGCCUGCAGCCUCGCCUCACACCUGCGUGGCCCCCGGCAGAGUCCGCCUGGCCGCCCCUUGGUCCUGCUGCCCCCACCGCUCCCGACUCCAGGCCCCAGAGGCAGAGCCGCGGAGCAGGCGGCACCGACCCCCGCCCUGCCGCUCCACUUCCUGAAGCAGGUGCUUCUGUCUCCCUAAGAGAGGACCGACCGCGUUGUGUCUGAGCCUCCAGUCUCCCCGCCGGCGCUUCCAGGAGCAGCUCCAUCACCAGAGCAGCGCGACCCCGGCCCGUGGCCGCCCCCGCCGGCAAGAUGCGGAAGCCCAACCCGCUGCAGGACGCGAACUUCUGCUCGCGCCUGUUCUUCUGUUGGCUAAACCCCUUGUUUAAAAUUGGGUACAAACGAAGAUUAGAAGAAGAUGACAUGUACUCCAUGCUUCCGGAAGAUAGCUCCCAGCACCUUGGAGAAGAACUACAAGGGUACUGGGAUCAAGAAGUUUUGAGAGCUGAGAAAGAUGCACAGGAGCCUUCUUUAAUGAAAGCAAUCUUAAAGUGUCACUGGAAAUCCUAUUUAGUUUUGGGAAUUUUUAUACUUCUUGAGGAAGGCACCAGAGUCGUGCAGCCCAUAUUUUUGGGGAAAAUGAUUGAUUAUGUUGAAAGCUCCAAUCACACGGAUUCUGCCACUUUGCAUGAAGCCUAUGGCUACGCGGCAGGGCUGAGCGCCAGCGUGCUGGUGUGGGCUGUUCUGCACCACUUGUACUUCUAUCAUAUUCAGCGUGUGGGGAUGAGGCUGAGAGUAGCCCUGUGCCAUAUGAUCUACCGCAAGGUACUUCGUCUGAGUAGCUCGGCCAUGGGGAAGACCACCACAGGCCAGAUAGUCAACCUGCUGUCCAACGAUGUGAACAGGUUUGAUCAGGUAACGAUGUUCUUGCACUAUCUGUGGGUGGGGCCACUGCAGGCAAUUGCAGUGACUGCCCUGCUCUGGAUGGAAACAGGAAUAUCGUGUCUUGCUGGAAUGGCGGUUCUCAUUUUCCUUCUGCUGUUGCAAAGCUGCUUUGGGAUGUGGUUUUCAUCACUCCGGAGUAAGACUGCAGCUCUCACAGACGACAGGAUCAGGACCAUGAGUGAAUUUAUAAGUGGCAUCAAAUCAGUAAAAAUGAAUGCUUGGGAAAAGUCACUUAUAGACCUUAUUACCAGAUUGAGAAGAAAGGAAAUUUCCAAGAUUCUGCAAAGUUCCUAUCUUAGAGGAAUGAAUUUGGCAUCAUUUUUUGCUGUAACCAAAAUCAUGAUUUUUGUCACCUUCAUCACCAAUGUGGCUCUCAAAAAGGUGAUUACAGCCAGCCAAGUGUUUGUGGUGGUGAUGCUGUAUGAGGCUCUGUGGUUUACCAGCACCCUCUACUUCCCCAUGGCCAUCGAGAAGGUGUCAGAGGCCAUCAUCAGUAUCCGAAGAAUCAAGAACUUUUUGUUACUUGAUGAGAUAUCACAGCUCACCACUCAACUGCCAUCAGAUGAUAAAACAAUCGUGCACAUGAAAGAUUUUACUGCUUUUUGGGAUAAGGAAUCAGAGACCCCAACCCUACAAGGCCUUUCGUUUACUGUCAGACCUGGUGAACUGUUGGUUGUGGUUGGACCUGUGGGAGCAGGAAAGUCAUCACUGUUACGUGCUCUGCUGGGGGAGCUGCCCCCGAGCCAGGGGCAGGCCAGCGUGCAUGGGAGGAUCGUGUAUGUUUCUCAGCAGCCUUGGGUGUUCUCAGGAACUGUGAGGAGUAACAUUUUAUUUGGGAAGAAAUAUGAAGAAGAACGAUAUGAAAAAGUAAUAAAGGCUUGUGCUUUGAAAGAGGAUUUACAGCUUUUGAAGGAAAAUGAUCUAACUGAGAUAGGAGACCGGGGAACCCCGCUGAGUGAAGGACAGAAAGCCUGGGUCAGCCUUGCCAGAGCCGUGUAUCAGGACGCAGACAUCUACCUCCUGGACGAUCCGCUCAGCGCAGUGGAUGCAGGAGUCAGCAGGCACUUGUUCGAACAGUGUAUUCGUCAGGCCUUGAAGGAGAAGAUCACAAUCUUAGUGACUCAUCAGCUGCAGUACCUAAAGGAUGCAAGUCAGAUUCUGAUACUGAAAGACGGCAAAGUUACGCAAAAGGGGACUUUUGCUGAGUUUUCAAAAUCUGGGAUAGAUUUUGAAAAUAUUAUUUUAUGGCAGAAGGCAGAGAAGGCUGAACCAUCUCCAGGUCCAGGAACACUCACUCUGAUCUCCAAGUCUUCAGUUCAGUCUCAACUGUCUUCCAGACACUCCAUGAAAGAUACGGCUCCAGAGGACCAAGAUGUGAAUUUCUCAUCCUGCAACACACCCUUGUCUGUCUGCUCUUGGUGACCUCGUGGACCUUCA